AAAAGCAAGUUGUUUUUUAUUGCCGUUUCAAAUAUUAUGAAGCCAGUUAAUUGUAUUUCACAGUUUCAUCGGUUACUUAAUGUAUUAAAGUUAAAGUGUACUCGAUUUUAUUACUUUCAUACAAUUUAAAUACUGCGUAGUGAGUAAUUGGUUCAUGUGGGUAACGUUAAUAUUUCCGCUAUGGUUUCUUAUCCAAAGAAAACAUCAGCAGAGUGGUUUAUUGAACAACUAAAUGUUGAAAAUGCUAAAUUAUUAGCGUUUGUGCUUGUAUUAGGUUUCAUAGGAUACCAUGGUAUUUUGCAUCUGCGGUAUGGUCCUGACUCCUGCACAUGGUUGCUCUCCUCAGGGAGGUACAAAGGUGACCAUGAGUGGCAGCCUUAUGGAUGUAUGUUGCACAAAUAUUCCAAAACAGAUGCAAGACGAUGCCUGCGUUACUUGGCCUUUUGGGGCAAAUACAACAGUUUUGCGUUUAUCGGCGAUUCACGACUUGAACAAUUAUACGAGUAUUUUAUAGGGGUCCUAAAAACGAGGUCAGAUUUGGAUUCGUCAUAUUCAACAAUAGACCAUCGUAUGCCGAACUACACUUAUGUGGACAGCAAACUAAAAUUGUUUGUCACAUUUAUAUGGAGCAAUGAUGUCUCUAAAACUAUGGUUGAACAGUUCCGAGCUUGGCAGCGUUUAGACCGACCUCCAUCGGUGAUAGUAGCCAGUACUGGUCUCCAGUUGGUGAAGAAUCGGAACACAACAGAUUUCAUACUGGAGGAAUACAAGAGGAAUUUAACACAAUUGGUUCAGCCAAUAGAUGCGUUAGCAGCUCGCGGUACACAAGUGCUGUGGAAACUUCUAGAAUCUGUCGAUACCACACUUAUAAAAGAUGAUGUGAAGAUCAGUAACUAUGAUAUUGAUGCUUAUAAUAGCGCUGCGAUGGAGAUACUGCGGCACAGUUCUGUCCGCGUGUGGGGCGCGGCGCGGCUGGUGGCGGCGGGCUCUGCUGGGGGCGAAACCCUGACCCGCACGGCGCUGCGCCACUGCGCACAGAUCCUGCUCAACAUGUUCUGUAAUGAUCAUAUGAACUUCAACGACGGCUCCUGUUGUGCUCAGCCGGAGCCCUACACGCAGCUGCAGAUGCUCACCUUCGCACUGUUUCUGCUCUGCGUAGUUGUUGCCAGUUUGAGGUUUAUAUGGAAUUGGUCACAAAGCGUGAAGCAGAAGAUGGAAGGGUACACCCUGGUGAGCCAGGCUACCGUGGUGCAGCCUCCUUCUCCCGUGCUGGCGCUGGCCAAGCUCGGCAUGAUUAUGGCAUACUUCUAUCUUUGUGAUAGAACUAACUUCUUCAUGAAAGAGAAUAAAUAUUACUCGGAAUGGAGUUUUUGGCUGCCUGUUGGUUAUGUGUUUGCGUUGGGACUAUUCUUUACUGAUGAUUCGAGGUCUAGUAGGUGAGUAUUUGAUGUUAAGGCUCCUAUG